UCAGAUGAUGGGGGGGCCCUGCAUGCCCCUGGCUCCGUCAUACAGAAGGAAAAUAACAAGAAUGACAAGAAGAUCCUGGAACUCAUGUCCAACAUCAUCCAGCUGCUGACUGGAGAGGUUGCCAUAAGGACUCAUCAUUUUUCCAUCUAUUUUUCCUUGGACGAGUGGGACUAUAUAAAAAGAAACAAGGACCUUUACAGGGAAGGAAUGAAAGAGGAGCCCCAGCUCCACCCACUGGACUGUGAUUAUGAAGAGGAAAGUGAUAUUACAGCAGAUCCAGAUUCAGCGUUCCCUUAUAACAACUCAAGCAAGAUUGGGGUUGAAGGAGCAGAUUGUGUCAAUGGAAAUCUCUCAAACCCUGAAAUUUCUCCAGCGGAACAGCCCCCACCAGCCGAUGGGAUUAAAGAGGAAACAGCUUCAUGUGAAGAGGUUAACCAAUCACAUUGCAGCAUUAAUCCAUUUACAGAACAGCCACAGAGAACAGAUACACCUACUCCUAUCAUGGGAUACAGCCUGAAUAACAGCUUGGCAGAAACUUAUAUAUCUGUUGUUAUUAAAGAGGAAGCAGCUUCAUGGGAAGAGGGGAACCAAUCAGAUUGCAGCAUUAAUCCACUUACAGAACAGAUACAGGGAACAGAUACACCUACUCCUAUCAUGGGAUGCAACCUGAAUAACAGCUUGGCAGAAACUUAUAUAUCUGUUGUUAUUAAAGAGGAAGCAGCUUCAUGGGAAGAGGGGAACCAAUCAGAUUGCAGCAUUAAUCCACUUACAGAACAGAUACAGGGAACAGAUACACCUACUCCUGUCAUGGGAUACAGUCUGAAUAACAGCUUGUCACAUAAUUAUAUAUCAAAUGAGAUUAAAGAGGAAGUGGUUUCAUGGGAAGAAGGAAACCAAUCCCACUGCUGGAUCAGGCCGCUCUCAGAGCAGAUCCUCAGAACAGUAUUUCCAAUUAUAGGGUGCAACUACAACAACGCUACCUCUUCUAUAGCCAUUAAUGAAGAAGAAGAGGGAAACCAAUCAGAUUGCAGCAUUAAUCCACUUACAGAACAGAUACAGGGAACAAAGUCACAUACUCCUAUCAUGGGAUGCAGCCUGAAUAACAGUUUGUCACAAAAUUAUAUAUCAGAUGGGAUUAAAGAGGAAGUGGCUUCAUGGGAAGUGAGUAACCAAUCAGAUUGCAGCAUUAAUCCACUUACAGAACAGAUACAGGGAACAGAUACACCUACUCCUAUAAUGGGAUGCAGCCUGGCUAGUGCUUUGUCAGAAAGCAAAUAUGGUGGGAACAAUGAAAGGAUUUUCCUCUCUACAUUUCCCUUAAUAUCACAAACCUGUUACUGUACUGAGUGCCACAAACAUUUCAGCAAUAGGAGCUCCCUCUUAAGGCAUCAGAGAACUCACCGAGGGGCGGAGCCCUACCUUAAGUGCCCUGAAUGUGGCAAAGGAUUUGCCAAGCACUCGCAGCUCGCCCUGCACAGCAGAACUCAUACCAGGGAGAAAACCUUUUUGGGAAAUAGGCUGAAAGCAAGUCCCGACCUCAACAAACCUUUUAGGCUUUGCAAGGAAGAAAUACAAUUCACAUGUUCUAAAUGUAAUCAAAGCUUCCACCAAAGUUGUGAUCUUGAUUCGCACCUCAGAACCCACACAGACAACACCCCGUAUACUUGCUCCGAAUGUGGCACCACCUUUAGGCUAAGAUCCGACCUCAUGAACCAUUUCCGGAUUCACAAAGGGGUGAAACCAUUUUCCUGCUCGGAAUGCGGCAAAUGCUUUAAGCGAAGCUCCGAGCUCGUCAUCCAUUACAGGAAUCACACGGGGGAGAGGCCCUUCGCUUGCACUCAGUGCGGGAAAUGCUUCUCACAGAGGCCGGCCCUUAAUAAGCAUCACAGGAGUCACAUGGUCAAGAAGCCAUUCUCCUGCUCUGAAUGUGACAAGUGUUUCAUACAAAGGUCUGACCUUAAUAGACAUCAGAGGAUUCACACCAGACAGAAACAAUUUGCCUGUGCAGAAUGUGGGAAAUGUUUCAUGAACAGCUCCAGCCUUAAAACUCAUCACAGGAGCCACAAGGGAAAGAGAGAGUUUUCUUGCACUGAAUGUGGACAGUAUUUUUCUGAAGUUGCCCAGCUUGUUGUGCACUUUCAGGGUCAUGCCAGCAAGAGUCAGUUCUUAUCUGUAUAAGGAAAAUGGUUUAGUUCCUUUUGUUUUUUAUUCCAGCACUAUGGCAAUGGGAUUAAAAAAUCUAAUAUUUUUC